GUUUUGAGCUGCCGAUACGGCAGAAGAACCGGGUGGCGUCUCUGUAACGGUUACGGUGUCUGUGUGUGUGUGUCAGUAUGUGUGAGUGUUUUGUGUGUCUGUGUGGCGUGGGCGUGUUGUUAGUCACGCCAUUCGCUAGUUUUACGCCGCCGAUACGAUGCGAACCGGGCGGCGGAUCUUAACGAUUCUGGCGUCGGCGUUGCGAAGUUUGCGCUUCGAAAGAGAACCAAGUUCCGUUAAUCGUUGACUUUAGCUUCAGUAAACCAUUUGAAGAAGUGACUAGGAGGGUGAUAGGCGGAACGUCUUCUGAUUGAGUUAGAAUUUCCCCAUUGCUGGUGUAGCCAUUGGAUCGGCGAGUUUAUGCUCUGAUCUUACGGAAGUCCGAAGCGAGUGGAUUCUCAGUGUCCAGACCUCAUAGGUGUGAGCCCAUCGGCGUCGAGACUCAAACGUCAUACCUCACGCAGAUCUCCCGUGGUCAUGCUUCUGUUAGUUGAACGAAGGUAGCUGUUAAAGUUAGAAGUGGUUUGGUGGAAGUAUUGGUUGCUGUCUGACUAUUUCGAGCCUGAAGAAGGCCGUACGUCGUCUCGUCGGUCUAAAUAUUGCUGUUUUUUCGGAUUCCUGAUUCAAUUGCAAAAAACUCAUCUGUCGCCAGUAAUCUUGAUAAGGAAGGACUCGUUCUACACUAUUGACGUGUGGGCUAUGAUAACAAGUGAAAAUCAGCAAUAGGCAUACGCAGUAGAUAUGCUUGUUCUGAAUCCUGUAUAUUGAGGAAAAGAGGCCGUAAUUUUACUCGGUGAAUUGAUUGCUAUGGGCUGUUCAACAUCCUUCUUAUUUGUAGCUCUGUCGCUCGGAUUUCUUAUAGGCCAGGCAAGUUGUGAUCCUAUUGAAGACAAGAAUGCAUUGCUUAACUUCAUCAGUAACAUGCCUCAUGUCAGAAAUCUUAAUUGGUCCCCAACCACCCAAGUAUGCAACAACUGGGUUGGAGUAAUUUGUACUGCAGAUGAGAGCAACGUGAUGGCGCUUCGGCUGCCAGGCAUAGGAUUGACUGGUCCGAUCCCACCAAACACUCUCAGUCGCCUGUCCAAACUGCAGAUCCUAAGUCUCAGGUCCAACAGCAUAACUGGCCCCUUUCCUAGUGAUUUUGUAAACCUGACGUCUCUGGUUUCUCUCUACCUUCAAGGUAACAAUUUAUAUGGACCCCUGCCUUCUGAUUUCUCACCAUGGAAGAAACUUGUUCUUUUGAAUCUCGCUGAGAACAACUUGAACGGUACAAUACCUUCUUCUCUCUCAAAUCUCACGGAACUUGCAGGUUUAAGCCUACAGAACAAUUCACUUUCUGGAAACAUUCCAGAUCUUAACCUGCCUAAUUUGCGACACUUGAAUUUGGCCAACAACCGUCUAAAUGGAACUAUACCAAAAUCUCUUCAAGGGUUCCCAAAUUCAUCGUUUGCAGGAAAUGAUCUUGUUUUCAACAGUACCCCUCUCAGCCCAGUUUCUCCCCCUAAUUCCUCACCAGUUCUUCCCCCUUCCCAGAAGUCAAAAAAAUUCGGGAAUUCUGCUAUCUUGGCUGUUGCCGUUGCUGCUUGUGCGUUGGUAUUUGUCACAUUUGCUACCCUUAUGGUUGUUUGCUUAAGGAAAAGGAAUGGAGAUGUUCCUACAGAGAAAAAUCCAAAGGGCGGGAAGAAGGUAGAGAAAGAGGGGAAAAAGGAAGAGGAUUAUCAUGGAGAAAAAAGUAAGCUGGUUUUCUUUGAGGGCUCUUCCAUGGAAUUUGAUUUGGAGGACCUAUUAAGGGCUUCUGCUGAAGUUUUAGGUAAAGGUACCUUUGGUACGGCAUACAAAGCUGUCCUAGAGGAUUCAACUGCAGUGGUUGUGAAGAGGUUGAAAGAGGUGGUGGUAGGAAAGAGAGACUUCGAACAGCUGAUGGAAGCAGUAGGAAGCAUAAGGCAUGAGAACGUGGUUCCUCUAAGGGCCUACUAUUACUCUAAAGAUGAGAAGCUGUUGGUUUAUGAUUAUUUCAGCGAGGGAAGCUUGGCGGCACGGUUACAUGGGAAAAAAGAUGGUGAGAAAUCUCCAUUUCAGUGGGAUUUGCGUGUCCGAAUUGCUCUGGGAGUGGCGAGGGGCAUAGCUCACAUCCAUGCAGAGAGUGGUGGACGGUUUGUCCAUGCCAACAUAAAGUCGUCCAAUAUCUUAAUCCAUCCAAGAUACUAUGGAUGCAUAUCAGAUUUUGGCCUAUCAUCGCCUGUCAUCCCAGUAUCCCCUGUGCACACACGAUCAGUUGGAUAUCGAGCUCCAGAGGUGAUGGAGAUGCGCAAGCCAACGCAAAAAUCAGAUGUCUACAGUUUUGGCGUUCUGCUUCUUGAGCUUCUCACUGGAAAAUCUCCCAUUCAUAUUCCAGGUUCGAGUAAUGCUGGGGGAUGUGAGAUAAUUGAUUUGGCUAGAUGGGCACAAUCUGUUGUACGGGAAGAAUGGACAGCUGAGGUUUUUGAUAUUGAGUUGAUGAAAUGCCCUGGGAUUGAAGAAGAGCUAGUGCAGAUGCUGCAGAUAGCGAUGGCCUGUGUUGCAAGAGUGCCAGACCAGAGACCCAAGAUGGCAGAUGUAGUGAAGAUGAUCGAGGAUGUUCGGCAAUUUGACUCUGAGAACCCACCAUCUUCGGAUUCCCGGACGCCAUGAAGGCAUCAGCCUCAUUUUAAUUGAUGUUUACUUGAGUUCAUUCUCCUGCCUUGGCUAAAACAAGUGCAGAUCAUGUUUUCCUAGGGAUACUACUGAUCUGAGAAAAGAGCUAGUGGGCUUUUCUAGUGGUUUGUGCGGCUGCUGUUUGUAGAGUGUCUAGAAUGCCAUUUGGCCUUCGUAGGUCUGAGGCCACUUGAUUCUGAUCUAUUUGUUCUUCUGGAGAUUUGGGGGGCUCAGAUCUCUUUCGUGUUGCCAAGGGACAACGAAGCUACCCCUCGCUGCCUCUUCUCAUUCUUCGUCCUAUUUUAUUUUCUCUCGUUGUAAUUUAGUCCUUCCUGCAAUUGUUUGUUGAUCGUCUCCUGAGGAUAAAUUUCUGAAAUAAACCGAAAUGGGAUCGUAAAAUUUGUCUUCGAAGUUGAACA